AUGGACAAGGGAUCACGAUUUUAUGAGAAUGAACUUAAGAAGGAUCAACAGGUGAAUCACCGAAUUGAGAAGAUGAUGCAGCAAAGAGCGCAGCUCACUGAUCAUCAGCUGAUGAAAUCAACACUGAAGGUUGACAAACUUGUAUGUGAACUGGAGAAGGGUUGUGACCUUAGCCGUACAGUGGUUCAUAUUGACAUGGAUGCCUUCUAUGCUGCAGUAGAAAUGAGAGACAACCCUGACCUUAAAGACAAACCAAUGGCUGUAGGGAGCAUGAGUAUGUUGUCUACUUCAAAUUAUCAUGCCAGAAAGUAUGGAGUUCGUGCAGCUAUGCCUGGAUUUAUUGGGAAGAAACUUUGUCCAAGUCUUAUAAUUGUGUCUCCAAAUUUUGACAAGUACCGUGCUGUAAGCAAGCAGGUUCAAGAAAUACUGCUGACAUAUGAUCCUAGCUUUCUGCCUAUGAGCCUUGAUGAAGCAUAUUUAGAUAUAACAGAACACUUAGAAGAAAGGAAAUGCUGGCCUGAAGACAAGAGAACACAUUACACAAUCCCAAACAUGUCUGCAAGAAGUGAUGUAGGGGUAGAGGAGACUGAAACUACAGAACAGCUACAGCAGAACAAGAGAGAAGAAACCUGCUCUCCAGUACUUUUUGAAGACAGUUCAUCUCCAUUGCAUCCGCAAGAAAUUAUCCAGAAUAAUGUAGUCCCACAUAAAGAAUGGACUGACCUGCCAUCACAAAAUAUAGUUGUUUUUGGAGUUUCUGCAGAGGAAGCUGUCCGUGAAAUUCGCUUCUUGAUAGAAAAGAAGACCACGCUCACUGCUAGUGCAGGUAUUGCACCUAACAUGAUGUUGGCAAAAGUCUGCAGUGAUAAGAAUAAGCCUAAUGGCCAGUAUAGAAUUCCACCUGAUAGGGAAGCAGUGAUGAAUUUCAUCAGAGAUUUGCCUAUUAGAAAGGUUCCAGGUAUAGGAAAAGUCACAGAGAAAAUGCUGAAAUCCCUUGGCAUUACCACUUGCAGAGAGCUGUUCCAGCAGAGAGCUUUGCUUUCUCUCUUGUUCAGUGAAACUUCAUGGCUUCACUUCUUGAAUAUCUCUCUUGGUCUGAGCUCAACACGCCUUGAAAGGGACAGUGAAAGGAAGAGCAUGAGCACUGAGAGAACAUUUUCUGAAGUAAGUGAGCCGGAAGAACAAUAUAGCUUGUGUCAAGAGCUUUGUAGAGACCUGGCGCAGGAUUUGCAAAAGGAAGGACUCGAGGGCAGAACAGUGACUAUAAAGUUGAAGAAUGUCAACUUUGAGGUGAAAACAAGAGCUUCCACGGUAUUAUCUGCUGUCUCAACUGAAGAGGAAAUAUUUGCUGUUGCUAAGGAAUUACUGAAGACAGAGAUUGAUAACCUGUUUCCGCAGCCCCUGAGGCUGAGGCUUAUGGGUGUGAGAGUAUCUAGUUUUCUGAAUGAAGAAACAAAGAAGUUUCACCAAAUCAGCAUUAUAAAUUUUUUCCAUAAUGGAAAACAGGAAGCUGCUUCUUGCACUCCUGCUUUAGAAAGCCAGAAACCCAUAGUGUCAAAAACAGCAGAAAACUCUUCCAGGGAAAGUUUCUUCAACCAGAAGAGAGCAGCCAGAGAAAAAAGAAUUGUCUCAACUUUUUCUGAAAUGGUUACUGCAAGUAAACAGAAGCCAGAGCAGCAGUCUUCAUCUUUGUUCCCAGACAUUCCUAAGAAUGAGAGGAUUGCAGAAGCAAUGGGAGAAACGCAGAGUAAGCAGUAUUUUGACAUCCCGCAGGGAUUCAUUUGUCCAGUCUGUUUUACAAAGCAAAAAACAGACCAUCUGGGAGUUUUUAACCAGCAUAUUGACAAAUGCCUUGGUAACUCUACUUCCAAAGGCCAGACUGAAUUGCAAGAGUCACAGAAAACAGAGUUGAAACUCAAUAUCAGAGAAACUGAAGCAGAAAGUAGGAGCUGUACCAACUCAUUUAUGGACACAAAUGGAUGUUAUACUGCUCAUAUAAAACAGGGUGCUGAACUGGAUUGCAUUGAACAAGAGGAAGAUGUCCUGACAGAGUCGGUUGUUAAUGUUACUUGUCAGGUCUCAGAAAAGGCAAGUAAUAAAAUAGGUGCAACCACCCUUCACAAAAGCAUGGAGGUUAAUUCAUUAAAUACACAUAUUGACUUUUGGAAACAACCUGCAAGCGUGGAUUCUUCUGUUUUAUCUGACGUUCAUUCAGCUGAGUAUCACAGCACUAGAAAAGGCACAGUUAAUGAUAUAAACAAUACCAAUGCAUUCAGGACAGCUGCAAAUAUUUCUGUGUGUUCAGUUAAUGAGGAAGUUCCAUUGGAAGAUGUCCACCAUCAGAAUUCUAAAACUGAAAAGACAUUAUCAGAAGAGAUUAGCUGUAGUAUAAAUGAAAGGGACAGCAAAAUACAGUAUUUUGGAAGCAAAGCAAAAUCAGACUGCUCUACCACUAGUAAGGGUACAGCUUUUGUGUGCCCUGUCUGCAACAUGAAACAAAACACAUGCGACUUGGCAUUGUUUAACAGACAUGUGGAUAUUUGUUUAAACCGAGAUGUUAUACAUACAUUGACAGAUAAGAGAGUAUCUGCAGGAAGUUCAGGGAUGACAACAAACAAGCUCCAAAAAGCAAGUUCUGUGGCAAGGAAUAAAAGAUGUGGACCUACAGCACAGCUGCCAUUAUCUAAGAAAAACAGAACCAACACAACUGAUAAAAAGCACAGACACACAAACACAAUUGAUAAGUUUUUCAAAUAACUUCUGAAGUAGAACCCUGCUGCAGCACACCCAAGAAUAGUUUUAGAAGACUGAAAUGCAAGUUUGUAGGAAGAUGGUCUUGUUCAUAUUUGCACAUUUGUAACAAAUGGUUCAUAAUCUGCUACUUUGCUAGUAAGUGAAGGAACUAAACUUAAACAUUUUUAGGGCCAGAGUUGCAUUAAGAUUGAUGCUGAAUGUUUAAUGGACACCAAAUCAAGGCUCUUCCCUACAAUAUAGAAAAACUUAUUUUUAUUUAAAUGCACAUGUUAAUUCAAAUUAAUUGCACUAUAUAAAAUAGUGUGGCUUUAAUGUCUAAUUUAUGUAAUUUGUAACCAAGAAACCCACAUUCAGAUGCCAUUUGAGAAAACUCUCUUUUGUGGCCUUCAGUUGCUUUCUUUUGCGUUUCUGCCAUGAAAAGAGUAAUAGCAGGUGUCCGUUUAAGUUGCUUUGUGAUAGCUGGAAUAUCGUUGAGAGAGAGAAGAUGAACACCUUGUAUGACUCAUAAACUACUCGUGUUACAUUUUUUUAUUUUAAUGCAACCUUUUCUUUCACAGAACAAGCACUGACAUUUUGGCGGAGUAUUAGAAAAGCUUAGUCACUUCUCUCUUAGGAAUGUAACAGGCAGACAAUAAUAUUGGGUAACUUGAAACAUCUGGGUUCUCAGACAUUCCUUCCUGCCUUGGUCAGUAAUGUAGUGUAGGGCAGUCUUGACUGUGUGGCUCCUGUUGUGUGUGUAUUCUGGCCAGGCAGGUCUGUCUAGUACUUAAGACAGCAAAAGGUGUGUUUGUGUGUAUAUUUUACAGUAGAAACAUUUAUGGUAUUACUGGUUUGAAACCUUUUACAUUUUUAAUAGCUUACAGUUUAGGAUUGUAUUAAUAUUUGGGAAACAUUUUCCCAUAACUUAGAGAACCACACUUACAGACAGACCCACAGAAGCUUGCAACAACACAGAGUUAGUAUGGAUGUGAGGUGUGGAGCAACUAGAUAGUCUCAUAAAAGUUUAGAUGAAAGACUUAAGUUUAAGAAGCAAUGUGUUAGGAUCCUAGGUACAAGCAACACAGCCAAAGUUUAACUCAUAAAAAGUCAGUCUGUUUAGACAAUUUGUUAUGAUGAAAUCUUUAUCAUGAUUCAAUGCAAUGUUGCUAAAAUAUCCACUGCUCAUGUAAGAUGGCCUUUUUCCACAUGUUACCAGCCCUCCUGGCUGGCCAUCUGCCAGACUCACAUUGCCAGUGUUAUAUUCAGGCAUCCUGCCCAUCACAUCACAGGGUUGGGUGGGUGGCCUAAUGGUUAAGGUGUUUGCCUUAUAAACACAAAGUGCAGGGUUUGAGUCUCACAAGGGAUAACUGGCUAGGCUUAAAAUGGCUCGUAAGGGCAGUUAGCUUAGUAUGAACGUAUGAUCAGCAGGCUAUCUUUUGUUGGUGUACUUUAUGCGUGUGCUACAUAAUUUACCAAGCACUUCUGACAUGUGCACUACUAUGAACGUGUGUCAUUACACCAUAGGAAUUGUUCAUAAUGUUAUAUUUCUAACUUCUUGUUUAUAUAAAGAUGAUAAUGCAGAAACAUGGAUGGAGAGCCACUUUUCAGUGUGUGCUUGAAAUGUAAAUUUGUCAGUGUUAGGAAACUUGUACCUUUGAAGACAGCAUGAGUUGGUCAUGUUUCAUGCACAGCUCAUGCUAAUGGACUUCUAGUAGAACCAUUUAAAUCUAAUACAUUUUUAGUUUAGAGUUUGCAAGCACAAAACAAGGUCAGGGAAGCACAAAUCAAUACAACCAAGUUAACUGCAUUUGCUAGCAGUUUUCUUUUUCUAUUGACUUGGGCCUUUGUAUAACCAUGGUGCUCAACUUGAUAUUUUGUAUUUGUUGUCGAUUAAGGCUGCAUAACACAAGAGUAGGACUUUAGGUAAAAAAAUUAAUUUGUAGGAAUGUGAGAAUCAAAGGUACCAUUAUCAUGCAUUAGAUCUGAUAUUUUGUUGUAACAAAAAUAAGCCAAAACAAAAACAGUAGCAAUAAUAAUGAUAAUAAUAAGUUCAUUACAUAGGGAAUCUAAAAUGUAAAACUUCUGCUUUCCAGAAUUUAUGUCCAGAAGUUAGCAACAUUUUAUUAUGAAGGUUGUAUUUUAAUUUUACUGGUCAGUAAUAUAUUCAUGAAAACUUUGUAAUUUUAAGUAAAUGUAUAAUGUACAGCACUUAAAAUAUAGCACAUUAAUAUAUAUGCAAAAUUAAUAUAUACCUUUUUAUUUACCAUGCAUUUUUCAAAUGCACAUUUUAAAAUCAGUAAUGUGUUUCUAAUAAAAUUGGUUUCAUAA